CUGCCGAGCGGCGAGGCCCGGGGCGGCGGGAGGCUCGGGGCGCCGAGAGCCCGCGGUGGGGUCGCACCUGUUGCGUGCCUCCCCCAGGGCCCGGCGACGGCCGUCCGACCCUGAACACCCGCAGCGUGCGGCGAAGCCCAGACGAGUUCCGGGUCCUGCUCUCUGUGGAGCACGUGGGCUGCUCGCCUCUGAGAACAGAGCGGGGGUCGGGGGUCUUCGAGGCCGGGUGGGCCCGGGUCUGCGUCCCGCCUCCGGGCAAUCUGGGGAGACCCUCUUAGUCCAUCCAUCUCGGCGCCAGGGCAGAGGUCCUCGGAGCGACCUGGCCGGGGUCUGGGUCCCGGGCCCGCCCCGCUCCCCGGCGACCGCGGCCCCCCCGGGGCAGCCCCCCGACCCCGCGGGCCCCGGGCAGCAUGGCCUCAGAGGCUCGGGGUGGGCUGGGGGCCCCUCCGCUGCAGUCUGCCCGGUCCCUGCCAGGCCCUGCCCCCUGCCUCAAGCACUUCCCACUCGACCUACGCACGUCAAUGGAUGGCAAAUGCAAGGAGAUCGCCGAGGAGCUGUUCAGCCGCUCCCUGGCUGAGAGCGAGCUCCGCAGCGCCCCGUACGAGUUCCCUGAGGAGAGCCCCAUUGAGCAGCUGGAGGAGCGGAGGCAGCGCCUGGAGAGGCAGAUCAGCCAGGAUGUCAAGCUGGAGCCAGACAUCCUGCUUCGGGCCAAGCAAGAUUUCCUGAAGACAGACAGUGACUCAGACCUCCAGCUCUACAAGGAGAAGGGUGAGGGGCAAGGCGACCGGGGCCUACGGGAAAGAGACGUGGUGCUAGAGCGAGAAUUUCAGCGGGUCACCAUCUCUGGCGAGGAGAAGUGUGGGGUGCCGUUCACUGACCUGCUGGACGCAGCCAAGAGUGUGGUGCGGGCGCUCUUCAUCCGGGAGAAGUACAUGGCCCUGUCGCUGCAGAGCUUCUGCCCCACGACCCGCCGGUACCUGCAGCAGCUGGCUGAGAAGCCCCUGGAGACGCGGACCUACGAGCAGGGCCCUGACACCCCUGUGUCCGCUGAUGCCCCGGUGCACCCCCCUGCGCUGGAGCAGCACCCAUACGAGUACUGUGAGCCAAGCACCAUGCCUGGGGACCUGGGCUUGGGUCUGCACAUGGUGCAGGGCGUGGUGCAUGUCUACACCCGCAGGGAAGCCGAUGAGCAUUGCUCAGAGGUGGAGCUGCCGUACCCUGACCUGCAGGAAUUCGUGGCAGAUGUCAAUGUGUUGAUGGCCCUGAUAAUCAAUGGCCCUAUAAAGUCCUUCUGCUACCGCCGGCUACAGUACCUGAGCUCCAAAUUCCAGAUGCACGUGCUGCUCAACGAGAUGAAGGAGCUGGCCGCCCAGAAGAAGGUGCCACACCGAGAUUUCUACAACAUCCGGAAGGUGGACACACACAUCCAUGCCUCGUCCUGCAUGAACCAGAAGCACCUGCUGCGCUUCAUCAAACGGGCAAUGAAGCGACACCUGGAGGAGAUCGUGCAUGUGGAGCAGGGCCGCGAGCAGACGUUGCGGGAGGUGUUCGAGAGCAUGAAUCUCACUGCUUAUGACCUGAGUGUGGACACGCUGGACAUGCACGCGGACAGGAACACCUUCCAUCGUUUUGACAAGUUCAAUGCCAAAUACAACCCCAUUGGGGAGUCUGUCCUCCGAGAGAUCUUCAUCAAGACUGACAACAGGGUUUCUGGAAAGUACUUUGCCCACAUUAUCAAGGAGGUGAUGUCAGAUUUGGAGGAGAGCAAAUACCAGAAUGCGGAGCUGCGGCUCUCCAUCUACGGGCGCUCUAGGGAUGAGUGGGACAAGCUGGCCUGCUGGGCCGUGAAGCACCGAGUACACUCUCCCAAUGUGCGCUGGCUCGUGCAAGUGCCCCGCCUCUUCGACGUGUACCGCACCAAGGGCCAGCUGGCCAACUUCCAGGAGAUGCUGGAGAACAUCUUCCUGCCACUGUUUGAGGCCACCGUGCACCCUGCCAGCCACCCAGAGCUGCACCUCUUCUUGGAACACGUGGAUGGCUUUGACAGCGUGGAUGAUGAGUCUAAGCCCGAGAAUCACGUCUUCAACCUGGAGAGCCCUCUCCCCGAGGCUUGGGUGGAGGAGGACAACCCACCCUACGCCUACUACCUAUACUACACCUUUGCCAACAUGGCCAUGCUGAACCACCUGCGCAGGCAGAGGGGCUUCCACACGUUUGUACUGAGGCCGCACUGUGGGGAAGCCGGGCCCAUCCACCACCUGGUGUCAGCCUUCAUGCUGGCGGAGAACAUUUCUCAUGGGCUGCUUCUGCGCAAGGCCCCGGUCCUGCAGUACCUGUAUUACCUGGCCCAGAUUGGCAUCGCCAUGUCUCCGCUCAGCAACAACAGCCUUUUCCUCAGCUACCACCGGAACCCACUACCUGAGUACCUGUCCCGUGGUCUCAUGGUCUCGCUGUCCACGGAUGAUCCCCUGCAGUUCCACUUCACCAAGGAACCACUGAUGGAGGAGUAUAGCAUUGCCACCCAGGUGUGGAAGCUCAGCUCCUGCGACAUGUGUGAGCUGGCACGCAACAGUGUGCUCAUGAGCGGCUUCUCCCACAAGGUGAAGAGCCACUGGCUGGGACCCAACUAUACCAAGGAGGGCCCCGAGGGCAAUGACAUCCGCCGUACCAACGUGCCGGACAUCCGUGUGGGCUACCGCUACGAGACUCUGUGCCAGGAGCUGGCGCUCAUCACACAGGCUGUCCAGAGUGAGAUGCUGGAGACCAUCCCAGAGGAGGCCGGGGUCACCACCAGCCCGGGGCCUCAGUGAGGCCGGCCCACCGUGUCCCCUGCCUCUCGGCACCUUGACCACGUUUUAGCCUCCGGCCCCUCCCACCCUGUUGUGUCUGCAUGUGUCCUUUCUACUCUGUUCUGUCCUGCACGUCUCCGACCUGUUUCUGUUCCCAUGCCACCUCAGUGAAAAUGGUGCCCCGAAUCUGCCCUGCCCUGGUCUUGGUUCGGCUACUCGAUGGCCUCCGGUCUGCUGGCUGCCACACCGGUGGCCCUGUCCCAGGAACCUCCGAAGUCUGGCUGUCCUGUGGGCGUCAGUGUGUCUGCAGGGGCUAGGGAUGGUUGAGGGGGGCUGGCCCCUCUAGCCUUUGGGGUCCCGCCUGGGCAGAUGUUGUCUUGUGUAUGUGGCUGAGGAGCAGACGGGCCGGGGGGGUCUCUACAGCUCCUUCGGCGGCUCUGCGGUGAGCACAGCUGGGCGCAGAGCCCUGGCUCCCUCGACUCGGGCCGUGGAGGUGCCAGACCCCCGCCUUGACCAAGUCACUGCCUAGCAGCCCCCCCUGUCCCUUCUUUGGUCCACAUGCUCCUCUGGUGUCAGCUCCCUGUGCCUCUGUGGGAGGGGCGGCUGCCCUGUGUUGUGUCCGGGGCCGCUGCAGCUGGGGCAUCUGAAGCUGCCAGCAGCCCUGAGGGCGGUAUCCCCACUCUGGUCCCGAGUUUUGACCAGACCUGAGUCCACCUGGUCCCCUGUGUUGUGUUCUGGUCAGAGGCCUUUGCUGUGAAAUGCAGUGUUUCAUACGAUCCCAUCUUUCCUAGUGCAUGAGAAAUAAAGAUUAUUUAAGUAAUGAG